AUGCCUGUCGCCGACAAGGAUCCCACCAGCUGGCUCAAUGGUCCAUUAUUCCAAAAAGCGCUCGCCCAACACACCACCGAUCGAGCGCUCGAGGUAGAGGACGUGCAUCUGGCAGUUCACGGCAAACUUGCACAACAGUACGCCAGUACGAUCUACCAGGCCAGCGUGAGCUACCGUAGCCGUGGCAAGCAGGAAACGAUCAAGCUGAUCGUUAAACUGAUCGCCUCGAAAGUGAACACUCUUGCCGAUGAGCUAACGUACGACACCGAGCUGAAGGUGUACCGUGACUAUCUGACGAAGAUGAACGCGCUACUGGAGCAUGGUGCGACGUCACAUUUCGGUCCAAAACUCAUUUAUUCAGCGAAUGAGCCUGUACCGCAUCUGAUACUGGAGGACUUAUCGGGCCAUGAAUUCGUGCAUAGCGACAAGCUGCUUGCCGUGGACGAUGCAAAGAGAGUCCUGCUCAAAUUGGCCCAAUUCCAUGCUACGUCAUACAGCUUAAGUACCACGAGUGCAGCCCACUCUUUGGACGCUCUGAACAACGGACUGUUCAAGCAGAAACCCUCGGAAGGCGUUAACUUCAUGCUGGAAAACUUUACCCUAUUUGCUGAGGAACUUUCGAAAUGGGACGGUUACACCAAGUACGCGCAGCGAUUGAAGAAUCUUCAGCCAACCUUCAUUGAGCGAGGUGCUGCGAUAUACAGGGCCCGUGGAUUUGGUUACAGCGUGCUCAAUCAUGGAGAUUUCCAUUACAACAACAUGCUGUUCCAGUUCGAUCCCGAACAACGUGUGCAGGAUGUAGUUUUCUACGACUUUCAGCUUAGCUGCUGGACAACACCGGCAGUGGAUCUGCUGUACUUCCUCUACUUCAUCUGCAACCGUGAGACGCGUGAAACGCAACGCCAUCGAUUGGUUCAGUUGUACCAUCAGGAAUUUACGCGCACUUUAGACACUGUUGGGUAUAUGGGCAAGGUCCCCACCCUGCUCGACAUUAACUGUGAUCUGCAGCGUGCGGGAUUUCUAGAGGUCGUGCUUGCGAUCUGCUUCAUACCGUUUCUGUUCGCAGACUACAACCAAUCCGUCAAUGUGUACGGCAACGAGGAAGAGGCCCGUGCCUACCGUCGUCAGCUGUACAAUCGAGAAGAGUAUCAAGCGAUUAUUAAGCCGCUUCUGCCACACUUUUUGUACAGAGGGUUUCUAGAGUAG